GAGCAAAUUUGCCUCUAAAAUAGAGUUUAGAAGCAAAUAUAGAGGUGGGUUGAAGAUGCUCUAAAAGAGAAGAAGGCAAAAGGGAUUUUAGGGUUAAACUCAUCUCUCCUAUUUAGGACUAAUCAACUCGUUUCAAUUUCAUUUUGUGUUAAGCUUCUCGAUAUGGCGAGUACCUCAAGCUUUGUAAAUGGUUCUUCUAGCCACAUUCACUUGCAACGAACAGACGAUAGAAAAUGCUCUGGGAGGCUGGAUUUGUAUGUACUCGAUUGUCCUGUUUGCUGCGAGCCACUCACUAUUCAUACCUUCCAGUGUGAUAAUGGGCACUUGGCUUGCUCUUCUUGCUGUCCCAAACUGAGUAAUAAGUGCCCUGCAUGUUCUUUGCCUAUUGGAAACAAUCGAUGUGUAGCAAUGGAGAGGGUUCAUGAAAAAGAAUGCACUUUCACUCAAUGCUCAUGCCCUGCAUUGGACUGUGAUUACACUGGCUCAUACACGGAUCUCUACAAACAUUUUACUCAACCUAUCCACAAGAUUAUUUACUGGUCUGGUGGCUUCACUUGUGGCAAACCCUUUGAUGUUCCUACACUGUCGAUGGGAACUCUAUAACUCACAAAUCGACAGUGAAGCGAUUUCUUGAAUUGAGCUUCCAAAGACCUGAAGAGAGUUACAUGUUGAUCCCUCACAGUUUAUUGAGUGGUGACGGUUGGAGAUGAAACUUUGCAUCAAGAAGUUGAAUCAAGAGUAAGAAUGUUGGGGUGAUGUAGAACAAGGUCCUAUGGAAACUCUCUCUCUCUCUCCAUCUCUGCCUGUUAGAUUUUACUUGCAUCUUUGAUUGUAACUAGUUUGGUUUUGCAUUUUGUGUGAUAAUGGACAUGUGGUGAAAUCGACUCAAAAAAUUCAUGUA